UCGUUUCACCCUAAGUUUGAGUAGGUCAUCAUUAGCCCCAUAUAUAUAAAUUAUGUAGAUUUGCGGGACUUUCCAAAAUUUUAGCCAUACUAGGUGGAUACACAAGGGUUCAAAAGCUUAAUUAUGUAGCUUUUGCUCUAUUUUUCUUCUUCAUUGAAAUAAUUUCUUACUCAUUUGGAAAUAAAACAAUAUUCCCAAAUGGCUAGAUAAUGCAAACAAAAUAGAUGAAGACAAAGAGUUGGAAAAUGAUGUGCAAAUCAAUCCUAAUAAUAUAUAUAGAUACAAGGCCACAAAUUUCCGACGUGUAAUUUUGUAUCCUAAACAAUUUUGGUAAGCGUUCGCAUUGCACUUGAGGUAUAUUUAUAAUAUAAAUACAUGAUCACCAUUCUUAUGUGCUAAUUAAGCAAAUACUAAGAACAAAAUGGAUGCCUUAAUGACUUCUCCUAAGCUGCUCUUCUCCCUACUUGUUCUUACUCUUUUGCUGUCCAUUUCUCCUCCGUCUUGCGCUUCUGUUGAAGAUGGUCAUGGCAUUGAUUCCGUCGCCCCGCCUUCGUUUCCUCUGGAGCCCCAAGUAGCUGAUCAUCAUCAGAAAGUUGACCUGACUAUUUAUUAUGGCACUCUAUGCUCAGCCUGUGCUUCCUUCAUCGAGCAACUGUUACCCCUAUUGAUUUCGGAGGAGGAUCUCAUGUCCAUUAUCAACCUCCGGCUAGUGCCCUCUGGAAAUGUCCGUGUCGAAGGACCUAAUGACACCGUCGUUUGCGAGCAUGGCCAAGAUGAAUGUUACUUGAAUAGUAUACAAGCCUGUGCGAUCAGCGUCUGGCCAAAUGUGAAGCAGCAUUUACCCUUCAUUUCCUGCGUUGAAUACCUUGCCGUCAAAGAACAUCGAUUGAAAGAAGAUGUAUGGAAAUAUUGUUGUCAGAUUCACAAUAUGAGCCACGAACCUCUACUGACAUGCUACAAAAGUGGAUAUGAGAGAAAGGACUACCAAAACUUUGAGAGGUACGUCUGUGAGGCUUACGAAGGCUAUUCUAAACCACGGACUUGCAGCCGAUUCAUUGCUCCCCCCGGGCUUCUCAGCUGGAGCAGCUCAGCUGAAACAACAAACUUUGCAAUAAGAAGCUAUAUUCUGCAUCUCCUUUUGCUGCGUGCAGCAUUAUUGCUGGUCAACUAGCUCUAGACUAUAGAAAUAAUAAUUUACUAAUUAGUAGCGUACGUAAUUAAUUACUUGUGUAGUGUUCUAAUUUAAGUAUUGGUGAUGUAGUUUUGCCUCAUUAACUUUGAACAUAAACUUAAUUGGAGACGAAAUUCACCACUAAUUCCAUCUCCAAUUUUUAUCAUUCUACAUGAAGUUCAAACAGCUGAUUGCAAAGAACCCAUGGAAACGUACGUUAAAGUUGUACCACAGUUAUUGAAAAGGUUACAAUCCUCAAGUAAAAUAAUGAAAUAUUACUCAGCAAAGUUAGAGGUCACUGAAACCAAAUCAUCUCCGUAUAGGAAGAGAAAGUAGCAACUCAAGCCCACCGAUGUGCAACUCCAUUCACAUGCCACCGAUGAAAUAGUUGGAUCCUCUGAAUGGAAGCCACAACAAGCUGACAAUGCCCUUGGAACUGAACCUGUGUGUACCUAAAGACACAGCGAACAGAAAGCAACGCCGACCACGAACAUGCCACCGCUGCCAUAAAAGAGCUCGUCCAAUCCCUAACCACCACACCAGAUCCACCAUUGUUCCAGAAAGCUUUCGUUGAAAAGGAAGUGACGAUACCCUUGUAGAGGAGUGAGUGAUGAACUUGCAUAUUUUGAUGUAGCCGAAUACCAUUUUUGUUGGAAUGUAUGCAAGUCAUAUCUUUUGUUAAAAUGCAUGCAUGAAAUAAACAUAUUGGAUGACUAAUGAAGUUAGGCUAGUCAACCUUCUUUGUGUAAAUUAGGCAAGUUAGGCAAGUUAGGAAAUUAGGCA